AUGAUCAACGAAUCGACGGAAACCGAACGACACCAAGCGGAGGAGCAGAAGAACGAAAAGAGGAUCGAGGAGAGAACUCACGAAGAGGUGAGUGAUAUUACGAAACGGUCCCUCCGAUCUCAUGUAAUCGAUUUCAGCUGGAAGCGGCGAGGAAGGCACAAAUCGAACGGAAUAAUGAGUGGAUCGAGAAGAUGUCGCCGGUGGUCAAGUACAAGGUAACUCCCGAUUCCGUUUAAGAUCAGCACAUCAGACAUUCCAGAUUCAGGAGUACAUCCGGAAGCAGAGAGCAAAGAAGAUGCAGAGGAGGAAGUUCUCUCUGGCCUGCGGGCUGAAUAAGAAGGCAGAACCCACGUCGUCUUACUCCCGAUACAGACGCCGUACGAAGAGAGUCACCUCGGAAGCAGGAGCGGGAUCGAAGAAGGCCCAAGUGACGGCUGGGCCUUCGUAUUCGGUUGCCAGAAUACUCGGAGAAGCAGAGCCAGUUCCAAUUGUGAGGCCAGUGGCGAUCAGAAGGAAAUCGGCGCCCGUUCAGAAGAUGGACAUGAGGGAUCUGGACGAUUUGGGAUAA